UGCUGAGGAGUCCCCAGGCUGGGGCUGGAAAGGCGCGGAUGCAGGCGCGCGGCGGGCAGGCCUGGAGGGGGCGGGUUCAAGUGGGCCUCGGAGCCUCCCGCCCUACCAGAGGAGAGGUCACGGCGUGAAGCCGCCGCUGCCGCUGCCGCCGCUACCGCCGUGAGGUCUGAGCGCUGGGCUGCAACCAUGGCCUACUGCCGGCAGGAAGGGAAGGAUCGAAUUAUAUUUGUGACCAAAGAAGACCAUGAAACUCCAAGCAAUGCAGAGCUGGUGGCUGACGAUCCCAACGACCCAUACGAGGAGCAUGGAUUGAUCCUGCCCAAUGGAGACAUUAACUGGAACUGCCCGUGCCUGGGGGGAAUGGCUAGUGGCCCCUGUGGGGAACAAUUCAAGUCAGCCUUUUCCUGCUUCCACUAUAGCACGGAGGAUCUCAAGGGAUCAGACUGUGUAGACCAGUUCCGGGCCAUGCAGGAAUGCAUGCAGAAGUACCCAGACCUCUAUCCCCAAGAUGAGGAGGAGGAGGAGGAAGAGAAGAAGCCAGCAGAACGUUUAGAAAAGGCAGCUCCCGCUGAGGCCACUGCAACCAAAGAAGAGAAGGGGUCAAGCUAAUGAAGGCCAUGCUGCAGCACUGGCUCCAGGCCUUCCAGUCAGAGUGAUAUGAACCUUUUGCAAAUGCCUUUCGGUCACUCUCCAAGAAAGUCUUCCCCUCUAUUGUUCUGUGCACUGUAAUGUACAAAAUAACUUAUUUUGAUGAUCAGGGGGUUUGGCCCCUUGACAUAUACACUGAAAAACAUGGGGUUAUAUGUUUGUAUCUCACAUAACUCCUCUACCAGUGACUGUGGCUACUGUUUUCGAAUUCUCCUCUGAGAUUACCUCUAAGUUUGCCACUUUGAAAUAAUGUGCUGAAUACUCUCAGCAACUAAAAAUCAUUAGCUAGGAGUGUCUCUUGUGAGUGAGCUGAUUUAUUCUGAUUCAUUAUCUCCCUUUUAGUAGAUUUUAUACCCGUUUGGGAAAUGAAAUAGAAACAAAAACAUCUUCCUUUAAAAAUGCUGGAAUGGGGCCAUUCCUAAUACAAGAGGCCAGAUAAUCAGAUACUUAUUUCUCAAAAAACAUCUUGACCUUGAAUAUAUUAGAUACUAGGCUUCAUUUCUGAUACAUUUUGGUUUCCAUUUUCAUAUUGAGCCUCAGGUUUUCUUUCUAGAGAGUGGAGCUUUGGACCCUCUGACUCACAGACACUUUCUAAAAAGAAGAAGCUGGUUUUGCUGUUCUUGUUAUUCCAGAAGCCCUGGUUGGGGCCUGUGUUCACACUGGCUCUGGCUCAGCCUGUUCAGAUGCAAUAUUCUUGAGAGGUGGGGACCUACUUGUUACCAAAGUAGCGACCAAGAAGGAAACACGAAUUAAAAGGAGAGCACGGUUUUACCAGA